AUGGACAAGGCAUCAUCAUUAGAAGCAACGCAUCGUAUACCUGCUCCUACUACUUGUUCCAUUCCCAUUCCAUCCAUCUGGGCUCAACUACGCGUCCUCGUUCGCAGAAAUCAAUGGCUCAGAAGGAGAAACAAGCGUCAAGUCUUUGCGGAAAUCUUUUUUCCUCUCGUAUUUAUCCUUCCCCUCAUUGCCAUUAAUGGAUUGAGCAAGCCUCAGUAUUAUGGAGAGGUGAGAGGAUUCCCGAGAUUAGAGGCAGGCUUGUCUCUGGGUCAGAAUGGAUUAGGAUCCAUCCUCGGUUAUGCUCCAGAAGGGUCUCCGUUCGAUGCCAUUGUGGGAGAGAUUCAAGGCAUUUUGUCAAAUUUUGGCAACGUUACGACACAAUCCUUUGCAUCGGAAUCGGCCCUAGAAGACUUUUACGCUAGAAACCCCACAGCCCUCUACGCAGGUCUCAUUUUUGCCUCGCCCACAUCCUACGCCAUUCGCUACAAUGCAUCUGCCCUCCCUUCAAACUCUGUCCCAGACCGCAUCCAGUGCCGCUCCACUGCCAGCGAUCGCUCGGGAUGCGCUACCGACAAGUACUUGACCAGCGGGCUCCUCACCCUCCAAGCCGCCGUCGACAGCGCCAUCAUUCACCGCAUCUCGGGAUCCCCCAUUACCAUUCGCCCAUACACGCUGCAAAUGCCACUCCCAGCUGCCAACCUCUCCCCUUCCAGUCAGUCGGACGGCGGCGCAACUCAGACCGCCAUUUACAUUACUAUUGCCUUUUCCCCCUUCCUAACAUCCUUGCUGUUUAAUCUGGUCACGGAAAAGGAGAAAAAGAUUAAAGAGGGCAUGCUGAUGAUGGGGUUGCAUCCAGUUGCGUUUUGGUUGUCGUGGGCCGUCUCAUAUGCUGGAACGCUCUUGGUCGUUGUUCUCCUCAUCACGGUGGUCAUUCACUUUGCAUCCAUUCUUCCGCAAUCCAAUUUUUUGCUCCUCGUCAUCAUUUAUUACCUCUACACCCUCUCCCUCGUCGCAUUGGCAUUCGCUCUGACCACCUUUUUCUCAAAAGCCAAAAUGGCUACCGUGGUCGGCCCCUUUUUGUCCAUUGUCCCCGGCGUGCUCUUUAUCCCCAUUCGCGGCGCUAAUCUGUCGGCUGGGCCAAGUGUCUUGCUGUCCAUGCUCCUGAGUCCCAUGGCGCUCUCAUUGACCAUGGACAAGACGGUCGGGCUUGAAACCUCUGGCACAGGCCUCCAAUUCAGCAACCUCUCGUCUUCCGGCGCCAACUACUACGUUCUCGGCCUUGCCCUCGCCGUCCCAUUCUACUUUUUACUGGCACUCUACCUAGACGCCGUGAUACCCUCCGAAUACGGCAUCCGUAAACCGUGGUACUUUCCAUUUGUUGCCCUCGUCCGGCCGCACCGGUACUCUGUCAUGGCUUCCCGAGCAUCUAGUAUGGGCGUCGUCAUGCAUGCCGAGGAGAAUCCUGAUGAUACGGACGAACAAGAUGUGGAACCUGAACCGCAUGGAGCGUUCAAGGCUAUUGAGAUACGCAAUUUGCGCAAAGUAUAUCAUCCGGGUGUCAAAAAGGGGACCAAUAAGGAAAAAGUCGCUGUUCGAGGUCUGAGUUUGGGGAUCUUUGAAGGAGAGGUCUUUGGAUUAUUGGGACACAAUGGUGCUGGGAAAUCCACCACAAUUCACAUGCUGUGCGGUCUAUACCCGCCCACCAGCGGAACAGCUCUCAUCUACAACCACGACAUUCAAACCGACAUGCGUCAAAUUCGUCAAAUGAUGGGUGUAUGCCCCCAGCACGAUAUUCUCUAUGAUGAGCUGACCGUUGAAGAGCAUUUACGCAUCUUUGCUGGAUUAAAGGGCGUGGGCGUUACGACUGACGAGAAUGUUGAUACGCGCAUCGAUCAAGUCCUCUCUGACGUGGACUUGGUGGACAAAAAGACGGCGAGAGCCAAAGAAUUGAGUGGAGGUCAAAAACGGAAAUUGAGCGUUGGGAUUGCAUUGAUUGGACGUCCAAAGAUUUUGUUAUUGGAUGAACCGACCUCGGGGAUGGAUCCCUAUUCGCGCCGCAAAAUCUGGGACCUCCUUUCCUCGUCCAAACAUACCCGCUGCACCCUUCUCUCAACCCAUUUUAUGGACGAAGCCGACAUUCUCGCAGACCGAAAAGCCAUUCUCUCCCGUGGUCGACUCCAAUGCUUGGGUACAUCCCUCUUUUUAAAGAAACGGUUUGGCAUCGGGUAUCACCUCGAUAUCGCCCAUUCGGCACCGGCUACUAAACCUGUUCGUCUUGCUGUCCGCGAGCUCCUCCAAACCCACCUGGCCGAUGCACCCAUUACGUACCCCCCCGACGUGAACGAGACAACAAACAGUCAAUGGGAAAUCCCGUCGAAUCGUACAAAGUCGUUUCCGGCCUUUUUUAACGAUUUGGAUCGGGUUGCACCGACGGUGGGGAUCGAGUCGUAUGGCGUGAGUAUGCCGACGCUUGAGCAGGUUUUUUUAAAGAGUGCUGAAAUGGAGGAGAUGGAGCGGAGGGCGGAGGAAGAGGCGGUCAUGGAUGAACGGCAUGUUGGAGGUCCAUUACCGGAUCUUCAAGAAACUGAUAAACAACCCGUCACCUUUCGCGCCCUCUUUACCGCGACCCUCCACAUCCGCUACAAACUCUACUUUCGCGAAAUCCGGGCCCUCAUCUACGCCAUCAUCAUCCCCAUCGCCAUGCUCCUCGCGGGUCUCCUCAUUGCUCCCAGUGGGGACAUGACGAGUACCGUUUCUGGGACAACCCCCACAACCCUCGACACACCUACCCUCUUUUUUGAUCCAAGUGGAAACGCAAGCAACGCCAAUGUGAUUGCAUCUAGUAUCUCUCCACCUGUCCAAACCGUUUCUGGUGAUUGGCAAGACUGGGUUCUUGCUAACCCUCCCCACCAAGGCGGAUUCGCGCUUUCCUCCUUUUCGACCACUUUGUUCCCCACCCUCUACUACAACACCUCCACCCCCUCCACCACCCUCCCCUCCACAGCCCACACCCUCUCCAACGCCAUCCUAUCCCAAACGACCUCAACACGUAUCACAACCUCCAUUAAACCCCUCCCGAAUUUAUCCCGCGUCCCAUGGGAUUCGAGAUCGUAUGUAUCGAUUUUACUGAUUGCCUUGGCGUUGGGGAUGCCGGCUGGUGCGAAUGGAAUUGCGAUUGUUGGGGAACGGGAAGCAAAGAUUGUGUAUUUGGGGCAUGUGAUGGGGUUGACGAGGGGGGUUUAUUGGGGGGCUGCUUUUUUGUGUGAUUUGAGUUUGUUUAUGGUUUUGCCUGUGAUUAUCAUUAUCUGUAUCUGGGCGAUUCCUUUGACAGCUUUCACGGGGGCGGCCUUUCCCAUUGUUUUCAUCUCCCUCAUCAUCGCCCUCCCCUCCGCCCUCCUCUUUAGUUACUUUCUAUCCCUAUUUUUCAAAACCCAAGACACGGCGCGCACAGUUCUCGGCAGCGGUCUCUCCCUCUUUACCCUCUUUCCCUACAUUCUCGUUUCCCUCCUCGACGUCCUCGUUUCUCGCUCUGCAGCCAAAAUAUGCCACUAUAUCUUUGCGGUCCUGGAUCCGUAUUACCCUAUCGCAGGUGUCCUCUACUAUACCAACAUGGAAGCGCUGAUUCAUAAUAGUUUACCGGGUGCACCUGCAUUGACCGUAUCGGAUUAUUUUGGGUUUGAUAAAAACAUGUUUCCGACUGUUUUGAUUGCGUUUGUGCAGUUGGGUGUGGCUGCUUGUGGGAUUUACGUAUUGGAUUUCUGGAGGACUCGAGUUCGAAAUGUUGCACCGUGGGAUCCCACCCUUAAACGCUCCCUCGAAUCCCAACGCCAUGAUUCCAUGGAUCCCAAUGAGCGAGACGACGUGGACGUCAUUGCCGAACGACGUCGUGUAGAUGACCAAGUCAAUUGUCUCCCCCAUUCAUCCGAUAUUGAGUCACCAUCUACAACAGACGAAAUCAUCCUCCACGACAUUCGCAAAACCUAUCACGACAAAACGGCUGUGGAAUGGACAUCUUGGGGUGUACCCAAAGGCCACCUCUUUACCCUCCUAGGUCCCAACGGCGCCGGUAAAACAACCACCUUGGCCAUCGCCAUUGGAGCGAUACCUCCCACCCACGGCACCGUAUACAUUCACCACACCUCCAUAUACACUUCAACAACCCCAUUCCACCACGUGGGAUAUUGUCCCCAAUUUGACGCUUUAUGGCCCCAUAUUACGGUAUCCGAACACCUUGCCUACUACGCAACACUCAAAGGCCUAACACCCACCGCCAUACCAACCCGUAUCGACCACCUAACACGCGCACUAGGCUUAACUGAAUACUUGUCAAAACCCGCCGGACAACUCUCGGGGGGGAAUAAACGUAAAUUGAGUCUGGCGGUUUCGAUUGUUGGGGAUCCUUCUGCCUUGUUUUUGGAUGAACCGAGUACGGGUAUGGAUCCGGCUUCAAAGAGGUUAUUGUGGGGUGUACUCAAGAGUGGACAUCGAGCGACAGUUUUGACUACUCAUUCUAUGGAAGAAGCUGAAGCCCUCUCCACCCGCAUCGCCAUCCAAAUCUCUGGUCGCCUAGUAUGUAUCGGCACACCCCAACACCUCAAAACCCGAUUCUCAUCCGGCUACCACCUCGAAAUCACAUCCAAUUCACCUCCCGUCCUAUCCCACAUUUUUCCCAAUGCGACAUUGGUGGAGUCAUUUGGAACCAUGUAUCGAUACUCGGUUCCGAAAAUGGAUGUGGAGAAUAAAUCCCUUGGUGAAGUCUUCAAGGUUUUGGAGUCGGUUGGGGAGUAUGUGUUUUGUCAGUGUUUGCUUGAGCAGGUUUUUAUUGGGUUUGCCAAGGGGCAGGUUUGA